GUCAUAUCGGUCAUUAUGGCUGCUUCCAUCGUAAGGGGACGGUUGUUGCAGAGUUCGUGGGCACGAUUAUGCGAAUAUUUCCCGCACUCUAGCAGUUGCAUUUGGCAGACACACAGACAUGCUAGUUCAGGUAGCCAAACCUCAGAGUAUGACGUCAUCAUCGUCGGAGGGGGGAUUGUGGGCAUGGCCACAGCAAGGGAGUUGAAAAUGAGACAUCCUCAACUUUCGUUUGCUGUGGUUGAAAAAGAAAAUAUCUUGGCUGCCCACCAAAGUGGCAACAACAGUGGUGUGGUACAUGCAGGUAUCUAUUAUACCCCCGGGACCCUCAAGGCCAAGUUGUGUGUGGAGGGACUUGAACUUGCGUAUAAGUACUGUGAUGAACAUAAUGUGCCAUACAAGAAAGUUGGCAAGCUGAUUGUGGCUGUAGAGACUGAUGAAAUUCCUCGACUAGACAAACUGUAUGAGCGAGGACUUGAAAACGGUGUCAAGGAUUUGCGAGUGCUUGGACCAGAUGAAAUCAAGGACAUAGAACCCAACUGUGUGGGCCUUAAAGCCAUCCAUUCACCAAAUACUGGCAUUGUAGACUGGGGAGUAGUCACCAGGGAUUAUGGGAAAACAUUUGAGAAACUUGGCGGCCAUGUGUACACAAACUAUGAAGUGACCAAGUUUGAUGUAUCCAGUGAGAGUAGUGAAGGAAGCACUGGUGGCUUGCAGUACCCAGUCACAAUAUCUGGCAAAGGUCCCCAAAAUGCUGCCUUGAGAUGUAAAUAUGUGGUGACGUGUGGUGGUCUGCAGUCUGACAAGCUGGCAGAGAAAUCCGGAUGCAACAGGGAACCAAGGAUUGUGCCUUUCCGAGGAGAAUACCUGGAACUCAUACCUGAGAAAUGUGACCUGGUGCGGGGAAAUAUCUACCCUGUUCCUGAUCCUCGUUUUCCUUUCUUGGGUGUUCACUUCACACCGCGUAUGGAUGGGAAUGUGUGGCUAGGCCCGAAUGCAGUUCUGGCCUUCAAGAGAGAGGGAUAUGGAUACACGGAAAUAAACAUUCCUGAACUAGCAGAUGCUCUUAGCUUCAGAGGCUUAAGGAAACUGGCAUGGCGACAUUUAGGAUAUGGGGUGAAAGAAAUGUAUAAGGGGAUCUAUUACAGGGCCCAGGUCAAACAGCUACAGAGAUUUGUGCCUUCAUUGAAGUUCUCUGAUGUCAUAAGGGGACCAACAGGGGUGAGAGCACAGGGUUUGGACAGAGAGGGGAACCUUAUAGAAGACUUUGUGUUUGACAAGGGUCAAGGAGAUCUUGCUAGCCGCAUCCUCCAUGUACGUAAUGCUCCAUCACCAGCUGCUACCUCAUCCCUUGCCAUUGCCAAGAUGGUGGCCGAUAAGUGUAAGGAGACAUUCAGCUUGUGAUGGGAAA